AAUUAAAGGUGGUAAAAUGUACCAAUCUUAUUAUUGGAGGGCUUUAGAGUAUAUUAACCAAAACCUCGAGAAUGUAAUAGCAAGAAGAAAGCAGGAGUUGGGGUUUUAGCAGCUAAUCGCAAAGCUCUGAAAAAAAUGGGAGGUCGUCCGGCCAAUAGCGGAAGCAGCAGUGAGGAGGAGGACGCCAAUUGGAGAGCGGCGAUUGAAUCUAUAGCCGCCACCACUACUUUCGGCAGCAAACUUUUUGGUACAAUUAGUAACGGCUCAACAUCUCAUUCCACUUCAAAUGGAAAUGAUACCCAGGAUUCCAAAAAGAUCAAACACUGCCAAUUAAAGGCUCAAAAGCUUUUGGAUGACAUCAUAGAAAAGACCUUAGAAGUUGUGAGUGAGCCUAGCCAUGUCCGAGAUGAUCCAUCGACUAUUGUGGAUGAGGGUGUACGGCUAUUUAAACAUUCUCCAGCUGGGAUUGUAUUUGAUCAUAUAGAUGAAAUACAAGGCCCCAAAAAGCGACCAAGAAUCCUUCCUAGAUAUGACAUUGAUGAGAAAUCAAAGAAGUUUAGACGGAAAAUGAAAUCUAUUGCGGUGGAUGGCCUGGACAUCAUUGCUGCUGGAAGAGAGGCAGGUCAAAAAUCAUUAGCUAGAAUGGAAGCCAAAGAAGCUGCAGCAAAAGCCAAAGCAAAAAAGGAGGAGGAAAGGGUUUCGGAGUUGAAAAGAAUCAGGGGAGAGAGAUGGCUACCUUCUAUUUCAAGGGAGAUGCAGUUAAAUAAAAGUAGUAAGCAACGAGUAUAGACAGUGUGCUGCUGAUUUUUGUUUCACAACUUGGGCUGACAUUGCAAUUGCUUCCUGAAGUAAACCUCCAUGGUUUGACACAGAAAACGCCACCGGUUUUUGGAUGUUUUUUCUUGUGAAGGGAUCUGGAGGUUUCAACAUGGAUUUCUGGAGUUAAUGAAUUUCAAAAAUGUAAUGCUCGUGAUGGCAAAUGUUGCUGCUAGCUUUGGAAAGCAUGAUGUAUAUUGAAAAUCCCAUCAUUUGCAAAAAAAAAAAAAAUUAGGCAUAUGUUUUGUUGCCAGCAUAAUUUGUGCGCAUACUUAAUUUUAGCAAAAACUAUCUGAUUUCUAUUUGAAGUUUUAGAGCUGCAUAACAUUUCUAUUUAGCGUAAUGAACUCUCUGGAAAUUCUUUA